AUGGACAAGUUUGCUGUUGAUUUGGACCAGGUUCUCAACGAUUUUGAAUACAGUGAAUUCACAGACCAGUAUAAUGCAACGAGAAAUACAUCUGCUUCCACCCAAAAUAAUGGUACAAUGCACUCCAUAAACAAUGUAUUCCACAGUUUGAAUGAAUAUUUGAAUACCAAUAUCGAUAUAACUAGUUCAAGUCAAACCCAGAAAAUGCCUGAAAAAGAUACUGUCAAUAUUCCUCAACAUUCUGAAAAGUGUUCUACUGAACCAGGCAGUAAAAUCACUGAAAAAAUUGAUUUAAAUGAAAAUGACCUCCAUGCUCAGAAACAUAAUGGAGCUGGUGAUUUUGCAAAUAUUCAAAUAAUAAAUGUUGAGCAAGCUGAAAAUAUCAAAAAUAUCAAUAAAGAACUGCUUGAUGAGACAGAGACAAUUAGCCCAGAAUAUUAUGUAAAUCAUGCCAACAAAGAGGAUAUUGAGAAGGAAAGCAUAAGUAAUGAAGAACAAGUUCUACAUACAUUUGACAACAGUAUAGAUGAAAGAAAACCAAAUAGUGAUCACUCUAUCAAACACAAUACAGAAAGUGAACUAAUUGUAGUACUUGAUUCCAACAAAAAAGGAACAGAGGUGGUAGAGGACAUUGGUGUUGAAAUUAUUCAUUUUGAAGUGAAAGAUUCUGUGGCUAAAACUGAAGUUGUGAAAAAUGAUCAUGAUACACCUAAGCAAGAAAAUUCAGAUGACUCUGUAGAAGCAUGCAACACUGUUGGAUUUGUGGAUGACUUAAACUUAGAUGACACUGCAAUUAAUCAGUUAUUAGCUGAACUUGAAGAUGAAUUCAAAGAUAAUGAUGAGAAAUCAGAUGUCCACUAUAAUGAGAAGGAUCAUGUGGAAACAGAUAUUUUAGAAAAAACUACAGAGGUCAUGGAAGAUUUGAAUCAGUCAAUCCCUAUUCAUGAUGUGAUUGGUAAGGAAAUAAUUAACAAUGCAGAUGAUUCAGUUAGUGCAACAGGAACAAGUGAUAAAGAAGAUUUCAUAAUCGAUAACAAAAUCAAAGAGAACACUUCUUCCACUGACCCUCAACCAUCACCUUAUAAAACAACUGUUGGAAAAAACGACGAAGAAACUGGAUAUGAUGUGACAACAAAGGAUGAAGAUACUAAAAUUGAUAUGGCAACCAUGAAACAGACAGACCAUGGUGUAGGCGAUUCUACUGGUACUAAUGAAGUGGAAAAUGCAAAUAGUGUUGCUGAUUCCGAUAAUAAUAGUAGUGGUCCACAAGAAAUAGAAGGUUCAUGUGAUUCUUCUAGUAGACCACAAAAUUUAUCCUUGAAGGGAAAUGAUGGAGAUUCUCAACGUGAAAUCAAUUUGAUAGGAAAUCCAGGCUCCACUCCCUACAACAACAUCUACGUGCGUGAAGAGAUCCACAAACACGGCACCCACAAUCACCACCACCGACACCACGAAAGCGACGCCUCCUCCUCCUCCUCAUCGUCGGACACUUUUUCUGACGCUAGCAGCACCGCCUCGACGGCCUCCACCGAAGAGGCGACAGACGAGCGCGAGCCGAACGUCGCCGACGGCAAACCGAAGGUUGACGACGACAAGCCGAACGUAAACGAUGGCGUGCCGAACGUCGAAGAUGGUGCCCGAAGUGCUGCGGACGCGAGGAAAGCGAUAGGUGGCGUUGGGGAUGCGAAUGAUGAGACAGGUGACGCGUCGGGAAGGUCGGAUGAGGUGCAACUAUUUGGGGAUGAAGAUGUCGAGAACGUUGGGGAGCAGGAUGCCGAUCGAGCAGAGAAUUCCGAUGUGCCCCCCGAGAGCGAAGAGAUAACGGAAGACCCGGAAUCGGAAUCCGUCACCCUAACCUGUUCCGGUGACUAUCCGCUGGACGACGUCGGGACGCAAUGGCUAGGCAAACGGGCGCCCCACUGGAUACCCGACGCCGACGCCACCAGCUGUCUACAUUGUGACAUGAAAUUCACGGUGUUGAAGAGGCGGCAUCACUGUAGAGCGUGCGGACUGGUGUUGUGUUCCAAGUGCUGCCACCUCAGAUUCAAGCUGGACUAUCUGGACGCGGAGGCCAGAGUGUGCAACAAAUGCCACGGCAUUCUGAACCGCGACUCCGGCAGCAGUUCCGGCUCCGAGAGGUCGCCGGAAAACGGUAAUUCGCCCCAGCAUCGACCGAACCCGAACAACCCUUCGGAAUAUUGUUCGACGGUGUCGCCCUUGGAGCAGGCUGCCGGCGGCAAUGCGAAUCCCCCCGCCGUGAUGGUGCCUGUCGGGGUGUUGAAACGUAAAGGUUCAAAUAAGGGGAAAUCAAACAAGAGUGUGAUGUUCUGUGAUGGAAUAAGGCCUGGAAGUGACUUAACGAAUUUAGACAACGAUUUCAAUUAUAAUAAUACAAAGACAAAGAAACUGGAAAAAAAUAAUACCUCAGCUGGAAAAAUCAAUAGGAAUCUACCAAUCAUCGAUUCAGAAACUAAUACCUUCAUCCCAAAGAAUGAAAAUAGUUUACCACCAAUUGUAACAAUUUCCAAAACAGAUAUAACAUAUGCUGAUUGUUCCAAUAAUCCAGCGACAAUUGAAAUGCUAAAAAAUGAAGAAGUAACCUUCGCCCUUCAGCUCAGUUUGUACGUUCACGUAAAAGUAAUCGAUAUGAGUUGUUGUAUCAACAAAAUGGCAUGGUGUUUUUCCACUGAAGGAUUGAUUAAUGUCGGCCAGGAUGAAAUUGUAUAUUUGUUGGAGUACAUUGACGAGGAAUCCUUUGUUCCAAAAGAUGUGUUUUACCAUAUCAACAAUAUUUAUGUUGAUGCUGUCAAAGGUACAUCCGUGAAGGAAUUGGGAUUGUCAUUACACAAUUCAACAAACUUCUUGGAUUCGAAAAACCAUGCAGGUUUCGUAUAUAUCCGUCCUUCCUUCCAGUGUUUAGAAAAUGUGAUAAAACCGAAUGAUCCGUUUCUAAUAGGUAUUUUAAUACAUCGUUGGGAAACGCCAUGGGCCAAACUGUUUCCUUUACGAUUGAUAUUGAGAUUAGGAGCAGAAUAUAGGUACUAUCCAAGUCCAAUUAUCUCAUCGAGGCACAGAGACAGUGUUUUCGUCGAAGUAGGACACACCAUAAUUAAUUUGUUGGCAGACUUCAGGAAUUAUUCUUACUCUCUGCCACAGAUUAGAGGUUUGACGAUCCAUAUGGAAGAUAAAAAUACCACUGUCACCAUUCCAAUGAACAGAUAUGAUCAGGUGGUCAAAUCUCUCAAUAACACGAGUGAUCACAUUCUGGCAUUUGCUGGUACUUUCAGCCAACUGGCAGACUCUCACUUGGUGUGCAUACAGGAUACACAAGGCAAUGACAACUCCUAUUCGACUCAUGCCAUCAACAUUCACAAUAAACCUAGAAAAAUUACCGGGGCAAGUUUCAUAGUUUUCAAUGGCGCUCUGAAAUCGUCGAGCGGUCUCACGGCCAAAUCGAACAUCGUCGAGGACGGUCUGAUGAUUCAAGUGUUGCCGGAGCACAUGCAGCAGAUCAGAGACAAGUUGAGAGCGAUGAAAAACCACACGAUUUCGUGCGGCUGCGUCAAUGCAGAGUCAGACGAGACCGUCAACAUCGUGUGGGGAGAAAAUGAUGCCAAUUUCAAUAUCGGAGUAUCAUCUACCAUCGAUAAUAUGUCGCUAAGUGGAAUACCCUCCAUUAGAGUACAUAAUGGAAAAAAUCAUGUCUGUGUUAAUGGGAAUAGAAUUAUAAGGUGGACUGAAGUUUUCAUUAUCCAAAAUGGUGAAGAAAAUGCUAAAAAUCAGGAACCUGUGGAUAUAUCAAGAUUAUCUGAAAAUAUCGCGAAGGCGACAUGUGACGCUCUAGUCAAAUAUCUUGACCUUUUGUUGACCAACAAUUUCCAGAAAAUCGGCAUUCGAACCACAUUGCAGUCGGACAAUGUGUCCUAUUGUGCUGGGAGUAACGGUGUGAAACUACCACCCAUUUAUAUGAAAAGUCUGGACGAAGAACUGAUUCCAGUUCUACACAGGUUAACCUCAAGUAACUUGAGUGAGAGUGCAAUUAUUUUAGAAUUGAUUUUCAGAAUUUUGAACGUAUAG